AUUUAGAGCAGUUACAGUAAUGGGGAAAUUUAUGCCCUACUAUUUAUUAACCUACUGCUCUUAGCUUAUUAUUCAAGAAUCAAAUUAAGUGCGUCGGGAAUAAGUGUUUGAUUUGAAAAUGACCAGCAAUGCUGUGGAUAAUCGAUGCGAGAACUGUUUGGAAUUACAGCGCUCGCUAGUCAAGACUUUGGGCGAAAAACGAUCGUUGCUAUUAAGGUUACAGAAGGAACAAUCGAGAGUUAGAAAACUGUUGAGAGAAGCUGAAAAGGGAAAGAAAAGAGAUGGGGAGGUAUGAAGUCUCAUUCAUUUUUGCCAGAGAUAUGAUAUGGGAAGGCAGAAGUUUCAUUUAAUAUUUCUGACCGACGCACUGACGUGUUGGCAACUCGACAACAAUAUUAAUGGGCCAUUCCUCGAUCCUCGUACAUUUUUAUGGUGGAAAUAUUUGUUGUUUCGCUCCAUGAGUAUAUAAGAAUGGUUUUCAUGUUGGUUAACAAUUAUAUAUGUUAUUCAAAGUUGACCAUGUAGCGGGUUGACCAUGUAGCAGUUCAAGGUUUCAUGAGAAGCCGAAAACGCGAUAUGAAACUCAAAUUUUUGGACCUGCCUCAGAGCACAAGCUUAUGCUACUUAAGCACAGAAAUAUGAUAUUUUUGUGUUUUGUUUUACAGCAAGAUUCGAAACAACAAUGUAAAUGGCGAAAGUGAGGUUCAAAAGUUACGACGGUUGAAUCACAGACUUUGUUAAGAAAAAUCAUUAAGCCAAAUAAUGAAAUACUUCUCGAUUAUUCUUAGGAGCCGUCAAACUCAAGGGAUGCUUCUAGAUCUGUUUCAGGUGAAGGCGGUGGAGAAUGUCUGGAAUGGCAACUGAACGAGGUGAGAUAAAGAAAUUACUUUUCCUUCAACAAUUUUAGUCUAAUUUAUAUCUAGUCUAUAGGCUAACGAAAAUCAUUAGAAACUUUAAAUAUGUAGACCGAAUCGUGUUUGUGGAGGGCAGAACUUACUUCAGACUUUCAAAUAAGGAAAUUUUACUGGGUCCUAAUUGUCUUGAACAUUUUGCAGUUCAAAUGGACGAUUAAGUCAAACCUGAAGUACAAUCAUGAGAAUUUUUUAUUGUAAUGACAGCCAUGCAAUAUAUCUGAUAUUGCAAACCAGUAACACUAGAAUCAACUGUUACCAAAGUCAUAAUUAUGCUCUCCUCCAAACAUCACAUUGCCUUAUUCAGGACUUAAUGCAUUAUGGCUCAUGAAUUUGGAGUUGUCUGCAUGUCAGCCAAAACAAUUGUCACACACAACAAUUUCAUGAGAUAAUUCUCAAAAGCAAAAAUAACAAUUUUGCUGCACUGUUUAUUUGGAUAAAUUUGGCCUUUCUGCGAAUGUGCAGUAAGAUUCAGAACAUGGUGGUAUGCCGAUGACCCUCAAAGAGGUCCAGCAUGGUGAUGAGUUUGCAAGGAAAAUGCGUUACUCAAUUUUACUACUCUUUAUACUACUCUCUAUACCUGAAUGAAACAAAACUAAAAGAUUGAUUUAUAUAGGAUGUGGCAUGGUGCAUCCAUAGAGUUUUUAUUUUUAAUAGCCUCCUGAAGAAAUUUAAAUCUUAUUGAGGCAAAACUCAAAAUGCGAGAAUGAGAGAAAGAGUAAGAACUAAAAUCUCAAAUCACUUGUGACGUCACUUCAAGAUUCAGGUGUGGGCUGUGACAAUCGGAAGUGGGCGAUAUCAUCACUAUAUCCUACCCUAUGUAACCUCUUUUGUCUAUCAGACAGUUGUCCAUUUAGAAAAUGAAAAUUAAUGGGUUGUACAGUUUUUUUUUUCAUUUUCUGUCAGUGAGCUGAUCUGUAUGUAAAAUGAAAUAAACAGAUCGUGAAAAUGCAUCUAGUUAUGUGCCUUUUGAAAAGCAAAUAGUUGAAAUUAUCAAAUGUAAAAGAGCUGUCCAUGACUUAAAUUAAGUGCACAUGUAAUCAGAAUGGUUCUCAUUUGUGGAAUUGAUGGAAUGCUCGUUAUUUAUUUAGACAAUGAAGACUUGUAGAUAUGAUGGAGGUUCAGAUGUCUUGUGCCCAGUUAAUGUUAAGCUUUGUUAUUAUAUCAUUGCUCAAAGCAUUUUUAGCAUGCAUUAUGUGUCUCAUUAGUAUCUCUCAUGUUUUGAAUUUUUAGGAUCCAAUGCUAUAAAUAUACCCAGAAAAAAAAAUCAAAAUUUGCUCACAGCAGUGGUGGUAACUAUGAUCUUACAAAUUGAAUGGUCUACAAAAUUGUUAACAUUCUGAGUAUCCUGCUGUUUCAACCUAUAUUGAUAAAACACACUUACUCAUGUUUGAUUUAUACAGUAUUACACAGAACGCAGGUUCUUUGACUUAAACUAAGCUGAUUAACUAAAUUUUUCCUUAGGAAACCAAAGGAAAGUAGCUUUUAAACUCUGGAGUGAAUUAACCUUCAUGAAAUUUGCAAAUUGUGUUGUAUUAUGAUACUAGUUUAAUCAGAACAUGGAUAAAUAAAAAGCAGCUUGUGGUCAAUCCACUUGAGACAUCAAUAUGUGUUUUACACCAUAGCCAGAAUUUUGGAAUAGCUUGCUAUGUGACCACGUAGUUGUUCCUUUGCUUGUAAAUGUUAUUUGUUCUUAGUCCUACUGUAGUAAUUUUUCUCUUCUGUGUUUCAAUGAACUAAUUUUGUUUAUUGAAUAUUCUUCCCUACCCACAUUAAUCAAACAAUUCAUGAAAUGAUUUGAGCCUUAGAAGUUCCUUCCAAUAAAGAUUCUCUGCAUAUUUUACUGGCUCUGUAACCUUGUUUGCUAUUUUUUAACAAAUUAUAAUCAGUAAAACCACUGUGCCCAUCGAGCCAGAAAGGCUGAUUUCCUUUAUUGGUAAUGAACCACCUACUCAUCUUGUUUUGAAUUUCUUUUUAUAGAUUAUGCAAUGUUUGCAUAAUUUAUUUCCCUAGCAGGGUUCUAUAUUAAUAUACCAUCACCAGCUAUCAACUAUAACAAUUAAAUGCAAUGUCAGCCAAAUAUUGACUUGCCUAGGCUUGUUAUUAACUAUUUAUGCAUCUUGCAGUUCUAUUAUAAUUGUGUUAUGACAUUCUAUGUAACAUAAUUACCUCUAAUUAAAAUGAUUAUGCAGUAAUUUGCUCAGAUUUGAAAUUAACCACUUACAUAUUUUGGAAGGAUACUAUGAUGAUGUAAUAUGAUAUUUUUGAAACACAAUGGCUAUUAUAAGGGUAAUUCUACAAAGUCAGCAAACAUUUGACAAGCCCAAUCUUGUUUCAUUCAUUUAUAUAUUUGUUGCAUCCGAGAACACUUCUAUUCUAUGAGUAUCUCCAGUGGUAUGAAAAAGUACUUUGUGGUUUAGUAAAUAUUUCUUACCCGCUCCACGGCAGUGAAUUUGCAAUUUACGGUAAUUUCAUGUAUUUAAUGCUAUGAACAUAUUUUGUAUAAAUGUUCUGUUUCAAACUGACGUCUAUACUUUUAAAUGAAGGUUAUGGAAGUCAACAAGAAGUGGAAAGAAGACUACGAUGCUAUGAAGAUAAAAUAUCAGACAGAGAAUGAAAUGCUUCAAAAGGAACUGGAUUUGACCAAAGAAAAACUUGCAAAUUCAGAAACACAGGUCCUUGCUCUGGGAACUGAAGUUUCAAGGCUUGCUGCUACUUUAAAUGAACUGUAUCAAGGACAGAAACCUUCACCACAGUCACCAUUCCUAGAUCUGAAUGAUUUUGAAGUAUUUAAACAACAGGUUUGUGUUAUUUUCUCAGUGAAUACUUACUGUAUGACAAUGGUCAAAACUUGAUACUACUACUGUCAUUUAAGGAUAAUCAAUUGUAUGUUCAAGCUUAUUUAUAAAUGUUGUGGUUAAAAUUGUUCCUUGGUUUGAAACUUUUUGAAACCAGUAUAAAUUUUAUGUUAGUGUUUUCCAAUUAUUAUAUGAAUACUGCCAAAAAAAAAAAGGAAGGGAAAAGAAAAGAAAAGGGUAAAGAUAGGAAAGAAAAAUCUGAUUGGUGUGAAAAAUUUUAAAUCUUGAUCAAAUUUUAACCACGAGUGAUGGGUACUGUAACUUAUAAAAAAAGUAUUUUGAAUACAUGUUGCAACAUGUGUUGGGGUACCCAAAGGAGUAAGAUCUGUAUACUGAUAACCCAUUGAGAGCAACUUUUUUCUAACUGGACCUUUAUAGCCAGGUGGCAGUGUAGCCGAGUGGUUAGGGUGCCGGACUUGUAAUCUGGUAUUCCCUGGUUCAAACCCUCCACCCAGCUACUUACUGGAUUUGUUCUUGGUUGCACCAAGUUCAACUCCAAAGCUGUGCUUAGUAUAUGACCAAUAGAUCUGCCUCUAGCUAGUUAGAAUUUUUAAAUGCUAUGUUUCAUUACACGAUUUUUUAAAAUUUUUUAAAAUUUUUUUUAUUGACACUUAAAAUCCCCCUUGGAGGAGUGGUAAAUUAAUAUUAUUAUUUUAUUAUUAUUAUGUAUAUAUGCUUUUAAUUUUGUGAUUUCUUGGAGUGGUUGGCAGGUAUGCUCUCUCUACAUUUUAAUAUGCUGUUAUGUAGACUGGUAAAGAGAAUGAAGCAAAUCAUUUACCCCCAAAUUUCAUCUUAAAUCAAGACAGGGAUGCAUGAUGCUAAUUUUAUGGAAUAGGAUUGUUAUUUGUCAGAUCUGGGAGAUAUUAGGGUUAUAGAGUGUGUGUUGCAAGUAAAUUAUGAUGAAAAUGCAUGUGUAGUAAUAUACGUUGAAAUGUGGUUUGCUCAGAUACAAGCGUAUGAGGAAGAUUUCUCAAAUGAGAGGAGAGACAGAGAAAGAGCACAAGGUGAAAAAGAUAACCUUCAGCAGCAGCUUUUGGAUGCUCAAGACCUCAUUGCCACAUUGACACAAGAGGUGAGGAAAAUUUUAUCUGCAAGUCUAGUGGCUCAGUUAUAUUGAUGCUUAGUGCUCUUGGGGAGUGUAAAGCCACAGGGAACAUGAAGUGACAUCACUACUUCUCCACCCUAUUGGGAUGCAAGAUGAGUCUAUGAAGGGUAACCUCCACAAAUUUGUCAAGUUUUCCUUACAAAUUGCUAAUAUUAAUGAAGUCUACCCUGAUUCUAUCAGAGUUUUAGUGUCUUGCUCAGGGACACUAUGGACAUCUACAGACCAAAAUAGGACUUCUGAGUGUGGAGUUAAGCUUGCUAACCAGGAAGCAAAUGUGUUUCUCAAAGUUAUAACACAAAGUUGAAAAUCAUUGGUUUGAACAAAAUUGCCAAGAGAACCUUUGCUUAAAGAACAUUACAUAGGCAUGUAUAACCUGAGACACUUUCAAGGGCAAAUUGUAUACAUGUGCAUAAAUGAAAUAAUGAAUGAAUUCCUAAGAAUUGUUCAAUUUUGCCAAUCAUUUGUCUUUGUUGAUUCAUAAAGCUUGCAAUCUACAAAAGUCAGCUAAAUGAAUGCCGACAGGAAACAAGUGGACUACGUCGCCAUAGUUCAGAUCCUUCAUUGUUCAUGUCUAGCCCUCAGUUACAGAUUGUCUACCCUGCAAGUAGCUCAAUGUCACCCUCUCAGUGGCAGCGAAGACAGGAACAGCUAAAAAGGGUGAGCAACUUUCUGCUUAACAACUUUCUGAGUCUCAGACCAGAAAUCAUUCAAUCAUUUCCUCUUUUUUCCAUAAUUUAGACUAAAUUUUGUACAAAGCACAAACUGAAAUCUAGUUCUUUACUGUUUAAUGUAGAACAAAACAUUCUCUCAUCACUGUUUUUUUUUCUUACUGUAAGGGUAUUCUCACAAGAGGUGGAGGCCACCCUAGUUUGUUCUAUGGAGGAGAUGUAGAAGUGGACAAACACAGGACUUGAUUGACUCUCUUGGCUUUCUUACUGUUGCUGUAACAAGGAACUAGAACAAAGCAUCUAUAUUUAUUAUCAUUAGUAAUGUUACUGUUAUUAUCAAUUAUUAUAGUUGAUUCUCAUCAGUUAUCAUUUGUGUUCAGUAUCGUUUAUAUUCAUGUCAGAUGUGUUCCCUGUAAAAUACAGAAGGAUUAACUUUUUAAUGAUUUCACUAAAUUUGGGUUUCAUAUAUUUUCCUCCCAUUAGUGAUAAGUAAAAAAUAUAUAUAUAUAAAUUAGGCUUCUACAUAUGGUUUUGAUACAAUAUCAAAUGGUCAGGUACCAGUAAUAAUUACCAGGAAAAUAUGGAUCAAUGCCAGUAUCUGAUCAACUUCACACCUACCCCUCCCCUAACCCAACAACAAUCAACUGAUAACAAGUUAGGGUUCAUGUUAGGUUAGGGGAGGGGAAGGUGUGUAGUUGAUCAGAUACUGACCUUGACCAAAAAAUAAUAUGUUAAUGUGUGGAAGUAAAAUCAUAUUAUCAAAAUCAGCCAACAGAAGAACAGAUCCAAAAUUUGUGUUGUACUUCUUAAAGUGGUUGCCAAGAUUUUAGAUUAUGGGAGUAUUUUGUUUGAAUGAAGAGUUAAAUCAUUUGCAUUUCUCAUUUACGGCAGCCUUUCGUAUUUUAUAUUCCAAGUGACUUUAAGUUCUUUAUAAGUUAUUUAUUGAUAUACUGAUUAGUGAAUUACUCAGGAAAUGUAAACCUACAGCUGUAGAAAAUACCCCCAAACAACCUUUGUUUGUGAGUGGUAAUAAGGUUCAUUUAUAUUAUGGCACAUAGGCAUCUUAUAAGCUGAUGUAAAUAGUGUGCCAGACUAAUGUAUGCUAAAAUAUGUGAGGUUAAAAUUCAGUAUUAGUCAGAGUACUUUUCGAUUGAGUCUCGUAAACCUAAACCAAAGUAAUUGCAAGGACUGAUCAGGAGAAAGGAGAAUUCCUUUCAAUGUUAAACUGGUGUAACUGUGAAAAGUGAGGAAAGUGCCAGUGACCAAAUCACAGUUGAUUUCAGUUUUACAUCUUAUUGGUUGUAACAGUGGAGUGAGUUUUCUGGACCAAGCAAUCCAGGAUUACUUUCAACACUUAUUGAAAAUUUCUCUAAUAAUUUAGUUGUAAGGAUAAUUUUCAAAUCAUGAACAUGAUUAAAACUAGGAAUGAAUUAGAAAUUUCUCCUUAAGCAAAAAUUUAUGCUUA